UGCCGCAAAUAGUAGUGCGAGCUGUGCAAGAGAUAAGCGCACCGUGGAACUAGUUCUGAGUCCAGUUGUGUCAUAUAUAUUUUUGGGCAAAUGUGUGAAUAUUGGUGGAAGGCGGGGAGAAUGGGGGCAAACGCAAAAGUUCAAGGUCACGUGAGUACACAAGGGUUGUUGGUAACCCACAUUCCUCAUUGCCGCAUUCAGUCAUCUACAAUGAGGCUGGUUGUGCUGCUUGCUUUCGUAAUGGAGAUGGCGUAUGCAGGUCACUACUAUAACGCUGAUGGAACUCCACACGAUCCAUACCAUUACCUGCAUUUGCCGCAUGACCCUCCACUCUACCCGACAUUCCACGAGGUUCCUCUCACAAGUUUUUCCUGCGCUGGCAGAGAGUGGGGCUACCAUGCUGACACCGAAGCCUAUUGUCAGGCUUAUCAUCUUUGCCAAGGCGGACUGGUUAGAAGUUUCCUGUGUACGAACGGCACUUUAUUCCAUGAUGAGUUCCAGGUGUGUGAUCAAUUCUAUAAUGUACGUUGCGGAAGUCCCUAUAGCGAUCUAUGAUUUCAUUUCAUCUUCAUUAUUUUAAAAAAUGUAAAUAAAGCUUUCUCAUUUCACACACUA